AUGAGUGAAGAAGUGAAAGAGAACAAUCAUCAAUCUGAGAAGCUUGUGAGACCUACUCCACGUUUAAACGAAAGGAUUCUCUCAUCUUUAUCUAGAAGAUCGGUUGCUGCUCAUCCAUGGCACGAUCUUGAAAUCGGACCUGGAGCUCCAGUGAUUUUCAAUGUGGUUAUUGAGAUCUCAAAGGGAAGCAAAGUCAAGUAUGAACUUGACAAAAAAACAGGACUCAUCAAGGUUGAUCGGAUUCUCUACUCCUCGGUUGUGUAUCCUCAUAACUACGGUUUCAUUCCUCGCACAUUAUGCGAAGACAAUGAUCCUUUGGAUGUAUUAGUCAUCAUGCAGGAGCCUGUUCUUCCAGGUUGUUUUCUGCGGGCUCGAGCUAUUGGACUAAUGCCUAUGAUUGACCAAGGUGAAAAAGAUGAUAAGAUCAUUGCGGUUUGUGUUGAUGAUCCUGAGUAUAAGCAUUACACUGACAUCAAAGAACUACCACCUCAUCGUCUCUCUGAAAUCCGCCGAUUCUUCGAAGAUUACAAGAAGAAUGAGAACAAGGAAGUUGCAGUGAAUGAUUUUCUACCUCAUGAACCUGCUUGUGAAGCCAUUCAAUACUCAAUGGACCUUUAUGCUGAGUACAUUCUUCACAGCCUGAGGAGAUAA